AUGGGAAACCGGCUCUGCUGCGGGGGAAGCUGGGGCUGCCCAUCAACUCUCCAGAGGAAAAAGAAAACAGGGAGCCAAGGCAGGCAGCCAUUUAAGAGGCUACGGCGGCGGCAGCAGCCGGAGCAGCAGCAGCAGCAUCAAGAAUGGCAGCAGCUGAAGAAUAACACAAGGGACAUUGAAGCACCAGAAUGUACUUAUGAGCGAGUGAUGGGACAGCCAGAACCUUACGAGAAGCGUCAAGCCUGCGCGUCAGAAGAGAACAACUUGCAUUACGCAGACAUCCUGGUGUACAGCCAGACCCAACCACGCACUGUCGAGGAGGUGAAAAGCCUGCAGUUAGAAAAUGCCACAGAGUAUGCAACCCUUCGUUUUCCCCAGCCCAACCCUCCUUUUCUUAACAACAAGCUCAAUAAUGGGAAGCUGGUGUGA